GAUUAAUGAUGAAUAUCAACAGAUGUGCCAGCAGAAUUAUGAUGCAUCUCGCAUGCAGUGUGAGGAAGUUCUGCAUGAUGUGUUUGAUGCAUUGGAAAAAGGCAUUUCUGACAGAUCAUACCUGAAGCCUGGAGGAUCCCAAAAGUACAUAGACAUGUUCAGACAGCUGGCAGAAGAGUACAGAGCAAGAACAGACUCACAAAUAAUGAGUGAAGAAGUGUUGAGCAAGUUUUUGAAGACAAAAGAAGAUAUUGGAAAUAUGAUCCUACGAGCUGAUCAAUCUCUCAGUGCAGCAGAACAGGAGAAAGAGGAGGAGAAGAUGAAGACAGAGUUUCUAAAGCAGCAGAAAAGAAGCCUAAAGAAACAGAACUGGUUACAGGAGCAGAUGUUUAAAGACAUGCAGAGAACCCAUUAUGAGCAUGUGAUUCAGAUCAUUCAUCAGAUGGAAAGAGAGCAGGACAGAAUGAGAAGAGACAAUAAACGAGUCCUUGAAGCCAAACUGAGAGAGAAGGAUGCUCUUCUUCAGAUGGGUUUACAGGAGCAAGCCUCCAAGAUGCAGAGGCAGAUUGACAGCUUGAGAACAGAAAUGCAUAAACAACAGAAGUCAAAACCAUCCACAGUCAGCCGGAUUAUAGAUGGUGUCAGUGCCACAGCAGAAUUGAUCUUGCCGGGCUUUGUAAGCCGUGGUCUGUCUGCAGUCUCGAAAUGGUUCAAAUAAGGGCAGUUUUUGCA